AUGGAACAAUUCGCACAAGUAGAACGCCAAUUGUUGGAUCAAUCCGAACGAUUGAUUUCGCAGGAAGAGUACCUCGCGUGGGAAGAACGGUGCAACGAGUGUAUCGAAUCUUUGGAAGAACACAGCCGCGAUGCAGAGACCAUUGUGCUGGAGCAUGUUCGGGACACUUUGAGGAAACAUCGAAACCUCAAAGUGAACACGGUGUUCAACGGCGAAUUUGUGGCAGGUGACAAGCAUGCUUGUAAAAGCAUCAACACCCGAAACUGUGAACUCUUCCACACAUCCGAUCUGCAGGAGUGGUACCAGCGAUGCGUCGUCGAACCCACCCUGGCAUCGCUGGAAGAGUUCCAGGAACGCGACAGCGGAUGGGCAUUGGCGAGAAUCAUGAAUCUGACCGUCAAUGUCAAUAAUUGUCGCAGCUCUACAUCCAGCAAAAAAUAUCCUGAACGUUCAGGUUCAUACCCGCAAUAUACAUCGAUCCUAAAUCUCCAGGGCAUUGAGUUCCCAAUGUCUCUGGGGUAUAUUGGGAAGUUUGAACGGCUGAACGACAUCUCCGUCAAUGUCUACAGCUUCGAGGAGAAGAUGAAGAAGGGGCCAACAGUCUUCCCGCUGCACCUCACCAGCCAGAAGAGGGAUAGACAUGUAAACUUGCUUUACACGCCGAAUCAAGAGCACGGCGAUGUAGGGCACUUUGCAUGCAUUAAGGACUUGUCCAGGCUGGUGGGCAUGCAGCUGAGCAGGCACAAAGCCAAGAAAUUCAUCUGCGAUCGAUGCAUGCACUACUUCGGAUCUACCGAGAAGUUGGAGGUGCAUUCGCUGGACUGCGGGCAGAUAAACAACUGCGCCAUUCUGCUGCCCAGCGAAGGCGACAAUCUGCUCAAUUUCAGCAACCACGAUAGGAAGGAGCGGCUCCCUUUCGUGGUAUAUGCAGAUCUGGAGUGCAUCAUCGCAAAAACGUUGGACAACCAAGCGGGUGAUAAUAAAUUACAUACAUAUCAACACCACAAUGUACACAGCAUUGCAUAUUAUAUGCAUUGUUCAUAUGAUACAUCACUGUCGAUGUAUCGAUGUCGCCGCGACACAGAUUGUGUUUCAUGGUUCGUCGACGAACUUAAAAAUUUUGCAAACUUUGCCAAACCUAUUCUUACUGUUGGAUUUCCUAACCGUCUUGUUAUGUUACAAAAAUCAUCUCCAGUAACGGAUGUAUAUACUGGAGUUUCCGGUAGUUUUGGCCAUGGGUUCUUAGAACUCAUGGGUGUUUAUUACAGAAAGAUAAGAGUUCGUCGCUAG